GGCAGUUUUGAGGGAAUCCCUUUGCCGAUUGGUUGCUGCUGUUCGCUGCAUUACAUCAUCGGCCGGCUGGCAGGGCGGGGGAAAGUGACAGGACAUUGGGAGAUCGAUGCAGCAGUGGGUCGGAGCAUCUGAACUGGGCGAAGUGUGGAAAAGAGGCAGCCGAACGGUACCAACUCUCUGAAUUAACCAGAGACCAGGACCUCAGUCGAGCGAGAGAGAGCGAGCGAGCGAGUACUGCUGGAUAACGGUAUCCCAGAGACUAGCGCUGACCUCGAGGGCAAGGAGCUGAGUUUAAGCUCCCUCGCUGCCCAGUAGCGUAGAAUGAAAGCCAUCCUUUGCAUCCUCCAUCGCUCGUUGGCCCUGGUGGUCCUCCUCGGCUUCUUGGAGCUCCAUGGCUUGGUACAGGACGAUGCCGUGAAGCAAGUCCCCAGGAUUCAAGCGCGGCUGGCAGGCAGGAGGAAGAAAGGGAACGAGGGGCGGAUCGAGGUCCACUACAACGGCGAGUGGGGCACGGUGUGUGAUGACGACUUCUCCAUUGCAACGGCGCAUGUGAUAUGUAAGGAACUGGGCUUCAUUCAAGCGGAAAGCUGGGUGCCUGGUGCCAAGUAUGGCCGUGGAAAAGGCCGUAUUUGGAUGGAUAACAUCCGGUGUACCGGGCACGAGACCACCAUCGCUGCUUGCAGUUUCAACGGCUGGGGGAUCACUAACUGCAAACACUCAGAAGACGUGGGAGUGGUGUGCAACGAAAGGAGAAUACCUGGCUUCAAAUUCACCAACGCUGUCUUCAACGAUAUAGAGGAAGGGCAGCAGCAUGUGGAAGAUAUUCGCAUUAGGGGAGUCUUUGGCCCGUCUCGGAGGAGCCUGCCCGUGACCGAGGGCUACGUGGAGGUGAAACAGGACGGGAAAUGGAAGCAGAUCUGUAGCACAGACUGGACGGAGCUCAACACCAGGGUGACCUGUGGCAUGUUUGGCUUCCCGGCCGAGAAACGCUACAACACCCGAGUUUACAGGACAUUUGCCAGCAGGAAGAAGCACAUCUUCUGGCCCUACGCCAUCAACUGCACAGGCAACGAAGUCCACAUCUCCAACUGCGGCUUGGGUUUGUUGGCAGUGGGCAGCAACAGUACGUGUGGGAAUCAGAUGCCCGUGGUGGUGAGCUGUGUCACGGGCCGCCCCUUCGCCACCAUCACCCCCUCCCGAGUCCGCAAGGCCUUCCCGCUCAAGGAACCGCAGGUUCGACUCAGAGGAGGUCCCAAGAUCGGAGAAGGCAGAGUGGAGGUGUUGAAGAACGGGCAGUGGGGAACAAUCUGCGACGGUUAUUGGGGCCUCGUGUCAGCCAGUGUGGUCUGUCGACAGCUGGGAUUCGGCACUGCCAAGGAUGCCUUGGGUGGGGCUCAAAUGGGCAAAGGUAUUGGCUCAGUGCACAUGGGCAAGGUGUUGUGUACGGGUUUCGAGAACUCCAUCACCGACUGCUCCUUCAACCAGCUUGACCUGUGCGACCACGAUGAGGAUGCCUCAGUCCGCUGUAACAUUCCUGCCAUGGGCUACGAGAACCAGAUUCGCCUGGCUGGAGGCCGUACCCCCUAUGAGGGGCGGGUGGAGGUCUUUGCAAAGAGGAAUGGCACCCAGAGGUGGGGGACGGUCUGCAGUGACAACUGGGGCAUCAUGGAGGCUUUGGUGGUGUGCCGGCAGCUGGGCCUGGGCUUUGCUGACCAUGCGGUUCAGGACACGUGGUUCUGGGAAGGCGACCGAUCAGCAGAUGAGGUGGCGAUGAGCGGAGUGAAGUGCUCAGGGGCAGAGCUGUCUCUCUUCCAGUGUCGCCACCAUGGUGAAGACCUCGAGUGCACUAAGGGAGGGGGGCGUUUUGCUGCUGGGAUCUCCUGCACUGAAGCUGCUUCCGAUAUCGUUCUCAAUCCCCAGGUCGUUCAGGAGACCACGUACCUGGAGAACCGGCCCUUGUCCAUGCUGACCUGCGCCAUGGAGGAGAACUGCCUGGCCUCCUCCGCUGUGGGCCAGCCCUUCCUCUCCAGCUUCCGCCGCCUGCUCCGCUUCUCCUCGCAAAUCCACAACAACGGCGAGGCCGACUUCCGGCCCAAGGCCGUGCGCCAAGACUGGGUGUGGCACGAAUGCCAUAGGCACUACCAUAGCAUGGAUGUCUUCACAAACUAUGACCUGCUCUCGCUGAAUGGGACAAAGGUGGCGGAGGGACACAAGGCCAGCUUCUGCCUCGAGGAUACAGAGUGCGACUCAGAGGAGCGGAGGAACUACCAAUGCGCCAACUUUGGUGAGCAGGGCAUCACAGCGGGCUGCUGGGACACGUACCGGCACGACAUCGACUGCCAGUGGAUCGACAUCACUGACGUAGAACCCGGCGAGUACGUGCUGCAGGUCGUGGUCAACCCCAACUUCGAGGUGGCAGAGUCGGACUACACCAACAACGUGGUGAAGUGUCGGUGCAAGUUCGAUGGGCACCGCGUCUGGUCUUACAACUGCCACAUCGGUGGGUCCUUGAAUGCAGAGACGGAGGAGCAAUUUGACCACUUUCCCGGACUGAUGAGCAACCAUCUGUACAACUGGUAACGCCGGUGGCCCGAGGGACAGGUCUCUGCAGUAACGCUUACCAAAGGAGAUGCUCAGUUAUACUGUCAAUGGCGGAGAGUGACACUGGCCCAAUGCAACAUUGCUGAUAUACUUCCACUUCCAGGAUCAACGCGGGCCGCAGGGGUAAAAUAAUUCUCUGGCGUGAAGUGCUCUCCCCUCAAGGAAGCAGCACCUGGAACAUGAGCCUCCAACAUCAAAACCACACACGCAUGCAUGUUAAAAUACACACAGAUCGGAUGCACACAAGAGCGCAAACACGCAUGCUCACAGAUAAACAUGGACUAUGCACAUGGCAUCUGCACAUGUACAUACAUGCAGAUGCACGGUUCACCUGCACGGAAAUCCACAGGGAUACACAUGUAAACACGCAUGCAUGCUCACAACUAUUCACAUGUGCAACCAAGGAUUCAUCCACACAAGCAUGCAGCCCCAUGCACACACAACCCUGAAUGUGUGCGUGCAUGUAUACAUAUACAGACACAUACAUACACCUAUACACACCUACAAACACAGGCACACUGACACAUAUACUGAAACACACACACAAGCACACAGAGACACUGACACACAUACACACACUAAAACAUGCACACAUAGACACAGACACAACUAAAUACAUGUACAUACAUACACAGUCACACACAGACAUGCACACACAAAUAUGCUCAAUCACACACAGACACAUAUGUGCAUGCAUAGACAUAGUCACACGCUGACAUGCACUCACAGACGUAGGCACACCCUAACACACACACACACACACACCACACAC